AAAUCACUCUCUUUUCCCUAAUUUCUUUCUUCCUUUCGAAAGCCCAUCCGAAUUCCUAAAUCAAUAUCCCCAAAUCAAAAAUCUGGGUUUCUUCCUUUCCUUCGAAACCCAAAUCAGAAAUCCCCAAAUAUUUUCCCCAAUUUCUUUCUUCCUUUCGAAACCCAUCUGAAUACCAUCUGAAUCCCUAAAUAAAAAUUCCUGAAAUAGAAAAUAUGGGAAAUCUCCGGCUCCUCCUUAAUUUCUUCCUCCAGUUUUCGGUUCUGUCCCUUCCUCUCAGGGAGGCCCUAAUCUUGGCACCAAGUUUUAACAGGAAAAAGCAGUUGAAUGUGCGGUCACCUGAAGAGGAAUCUACGAGCCAUGCGGAUUACUGGUAGGGUUUUUUAAAAACCCUAAGAAAUCACAGGGAAUCGUGGAAGACGAUCGGAAUCAGAAAAAUUGGAUUCCGUUUUGGUUUUAGGAUGGAUUUGAAGUUUCCGGCGAUGAAAUUUGACGAGGAGAUGCGAGGGUGAGCUCAGCCGCCUGCUACAGUUGACUUAAAAAAAAAUUCAAAAUAAUUUUGGCUGCAUGCGAUGCUGCAGAUUAAGCAUCUUUUGUUUUGGAGAUUCUUAAAGUUACCAUCUUUUGUAAGAAUUUGAAUAAUGAGAGAUUUAUCAU